AUGAGCCUGGGAGUCACGCAACCUUGGAGGGCCUGGUCGCAACGCUCACGGAUUCCCCGGUUCUACUGGUCCUCCUCGACUGCGAUUGUCCCAUUUUCCGGAUACCAGAGAGCCUUCUUCCACGCCGGCCGCUCGAACCUUGCCAAAACCACCCCGAAGCCAGCAAACAAUGCACGCCCGAGUGCUCAUGCCUCCGCCAAGGCCGCCGCCACUAAGAAUGCACAGAACUUGGUGAGCCGGUUGGAGAUUCUGCCAUAUCAACCUCACGGGGCGAUUCCCGUUACUGUCGACUAUCUAGGCACCAACCCAAGCUGGGGAUCUCGACAGAAACAAGCCUCGAAGCACCGCGCCGCUCUCAAAGCAGCACAACAUAUCGACGAGCGUCACAAGCGGGUAUCAGACUGGCGUCUCAUUCUCGAGACUCUGUUGAAGCAGACUCCUAUUCUUGAUCACGACAUUCUUGUGGUCAAGGUACGACUUCCAGAUGACGGCUUCAAGCGCUUGGAAGACGACUUUCAUGACAACUUUUGGGAUAUUUGUUCGCGAACAGGAUGUCGGAUGAGGUUAUACACUACGACAAAUAGGAAACGAACGGGGCCGGUACCAUCCGUGUGGGAGAGUGGGCUAAAAGGGUUGGAAUGGAGUGCUACACAGGAAAAGUUUAUCCUGAUCUUUGGUGGGCUUGAUAACGUCACAGCGGCCUAUAACGGGGUUGUUCGCGCAGUGAAGGGUGGCAUUCUCGUUGGAACUCGAACCGAGGAUAAUUGGGAAGACCUGCUGCAGCUUUCACCGAAGACGGUGGAGGAGUUGUCUUUGCGAAUCGCGGGCCCCAAAGCCAAAGAUUCGAAGCAGAGAAAAGACAGCACAACGGAGAUGCAGUUCAGGAAGCCCGUCUCGCGUCCCCGUGAACUAGCGAGGUUUCAUGAAAUUCACCCAGAGCCAUAUCGCCUCGCGGUUAGGGCAGAUCAGAUUCCACCCUUGGAACCUGGCGAGAUUUGGACCAAGGCUUCUUUCCUGCGUUACGUUCGCCGACUCGUGGGUGGCCAACUGACGCCUGGUGAGCACCGCUUCUUAUACGGGAAUGAGGGUGAUGAACAGGCCACACAUGUGGAUGUCGUUGUCCGCCAGCUGCAGCGCGCUUUUUAUGAUGAGGAGUGCGUUGAUGCAGUUUCGCUUCCCGCCCUCAAAGACGCUCUUCGAUAUCUCGCCCAAUCACCUCAUGGAUCCCGCUUCACCCAUGUGCCAGGCGGGCUGGUACGCCGCGUGAAGUCUUUAGGUCUUAAACUCGAUGCCGAUGUUUUCAACUGGGUUGCCCAAUUCGCAGUCAAGUCCAAGCACCUCCGAGCCUUCCAGCGGACGCUCGGUGCGAUGGUUCGAGAAGGGCAUGCGCCAAACUUCAAAACUUGGUUUCUUUUCUUGCGAAUAAUCAAGGCUGAAGACGUUAGGCGCUACAUUCUGCGGGCGAUGAACACGAAGGGUUAUCUUACGGACCCAGAAUGCAUGCGCCGGAUAUACGCAGAGAUGGCUGGCCUCGACCUGCACCGGGCUCUUGAACUGAAGCAAGAUUUUCAGUCUUUUCUUCAGAGCCAGCGCGAGCUUUAUGGUCCCGAUUGGCGCCUGACGGUCUGGAUCGGGAAUAUCUUGAUUCACAAAUACGGCACCUCAGGGCAGCUCAACAGCCUCUUCCAGGUUCUUGAGGCUAUGAUUGCUGCUGGAGAAAGGCCGGAUAUAAUUACGUUGAAUACAAUACUCUCCCAUUGCCGGGACCAGCGGAAACUCGGCUUGGCGAUGUCAACCUUGGAAUUCUUUUCCAAGCACAGCCUAGCACAGCCAGACGAGAUCACAUACCGACUGCUCUUCUCGAUGGCCUGGACAUCUAGGCGCCUCCACCUGACUACCUACAUAUUCCGUCAUGCCGUCCUCGCCGGGUUUGACUCACAUCUGAUGAGAUCCCGCGUCGCGACGCUCCUGAAGGCGACCUCGCCUGAUUUCACAGAGUACCUGGGAUUCUCUACUUUGCCUGAAAAGUGGGUACAGGCAGGUCGUUUCGUUCGAAGCAAACGACAUUUGGCCAAGAUUUUAGUUCUGGAAAAGUCGUUGAUCAAGAGGGGAGUUUCCAGAGUGGAACGGUGGAAGCAGUGGCUGAACAAAGAGACGGCAAAGGUCUGCCUGUCAAAGCCCGACAUCUACAAACGGCUGUUGCUAUCUGACUUUCGCCGUCAUGAUUAUUGGAAACAUCGGGCAUCAGCGGCACCCACCAACGAUAUCCGCUCUUUCUGGGACUGGUCAAAAACGGCACAUCUCUCUCUCAGGCCGAGAUUUUCACUUUGUGAGAUGAUCAAGCGGGCUACAGCCAAGGAUGAGGCCCUGCUCAAGGCGGCGCGGAAAAAUAGGUGGUUUGUUUUUGAGGCGAGUGAGCUGCUGGCCGUGCGCCGGGGGAAAAAGCCUGGGGUUCCAGGUCGCGGUGCAAUUCACGUGCAGAAAGAUGAGCCUAAGAUCCAGCAACCGAAACCGCUGGCGGCACGGGGGGAAAGGGAGAGACGGAGGAAGGAGCUGCGGUCAGGGCAAUCCAAAGAGAUACACCCGGGAGGAACGUGA